AGGAACGGAAGAGACUUUAUACAGAACUCUUAAUUGACAAAGGGGAUUUUGGUCUCGUUCUUCCGUGCUUUGCUGGGCUGAUGCCUAUUAGUUGAUUGGAGAAGGAGGAGUCUUGGUGUGCCACCUUCCUCCCGAACUUUAGUUAACCCUUUCAGGCCUCACUCCUUUUUAGGACAAUCUGCAAAGGUAGGGCAAAUCAACAGAGCACCAGUGUUUGGCCAUUUUUUUUAGGACCUCAUCAGAUUUUGCAGCUGUAGUGCAAUAUAUAGGGCUAACCCUAACCCCAACACAACCUUGUGGUGUGAAAGUGUGCAGUAUGUUCUGUCUUCAGGCCCAACAGAAUUUCUCCCGAGUGCUCAUUGGCCAGUACGCGAUUGCUAAAUCAAUAUAUUUUUUCUUUUGGCGUGUGAGACACUGACCAGCAGAGAGCACCAUUGCUCCACAUUAGUUGUUUUGUUAUUUUGAUAAGAGGGCCCCUCUAUGUUCAACUAGCGUAACUUCAGAGUAGGAUGGUGUUGGCCAUACACUGUAUGAUCGUUACGGUCUCUCUCUCUUCUCUUAUCUGAUAUCUCUCAGGUGUGGUGCGUUUCCGGAUGACGACGUGGGCGUGUCCAACAGGGCUCCUUGUUGCCCAAUCAGGAGAGCUCCACACCCUAUAAGAGUGUCAGUUGCGGUGGGUGGAGGGCGGGAGCUUUGUUUGAGGAUGUUGUGUUAGUGAGAAAACUGUGAAAGCUUUGUUAAUUGUUUGUUUGUGGACCUACUGUGUUUGUAACCCUGACGUCUGUGACAUAGGGCUAGCCACUCACUGGUGCACGAUGGAUCACCCUACGGAGACCCACAGCAUGACCCUCGACCACCAGGUCAACCCAUCCUCGUGUGGGGCCCCUGGUGACCAGCCCCAGAGGGAAGCUCCGCCCAGCAGUGCAGGCUGCAGCUGGCUGGUGGUGCUGGCGGCGGCAGCGGCCUCCCUCAGUGGCCUCAUGCUGGGCUACGAGAUGGGCCUCACCUCCGGUGCUCUCCUGCAGCUGCGCAGCCUGCUGUCUCUCAGCUGCCUGGAGCAGGAGCUGCUGGUCAGCUCCCUGCUGCUGGGGGCCCUGCUCAUGUCCCUGGGCGGGGGCUACUUCCUGGACCGCUACGGCCGCCGCCGCUCCAUGCUCCUGUCCGCCGGCCUGGUGGUGGGCGGGACGGUGGUGCUGCUAGCCACCACGUCGCUCGCCGUCCUGGCCCUGGGCCGGGCGGUGGUGGGCAUGGGGACGGCGCUGUCGGGCACGGCCGCGUGCCUGUACAUCGCGGAGAUCGCGCCGCGGGAGAGGCGGGGCCUGCUGGUGACGCUGUAUGAGUUGAUGGUGGUGCUGGGCGUGCUGCUGGGCUUCGGGUGCAGCUACGGCUUCUCAUCGGUGCCUCAGGGCUGGAGGUUCACCUUCGGCCUGGUCCUGCCCGCCGCUCUCCUGCAGGGCGCCGCGCUGCUGCUCCUCCCGCCCAGCCCGCGCUUCCUGGUCGCUCGGGGAGACUGCAAGGCGGCCAGGGCAGUGCUGACUAGACUGAGGUGCGGGGCCGUGGAGAAAAUGGAGGCGGAGCUCAGGGAUAUCCAGGCGGGACUUAAGGAGGAAUCGGAGCACGGCUUCCUCGAGCUGUUCAGCACCAAGGCUAACCUGCGCUCGCGCUUGCUAACGGGGGUCGCCUUAGUGUUUCUCCAGCAGACGACGGGGCAGCCCAACAUCCUCUCCUACGCCUCGCCCCUCCUGCGCAGCGUGGGUUUCCACAGCGACGACGCGGCAACCUUCGCCUCCAUAGGGUUCGGUGUGGUCAAAGUGGCUGGCACCAUUCCAGCCGUCCUAUUGGUGGAUCGUCUGGGACCCAAGAUCUUCCUGUGUGUGGGUGCCGUCUUCAUGGCGUUGUCGCUGAUCACACUGGGGGUGCUGACCUUGCACAGCCACACCCAUCUCACCAGCCUAUGUCAGAGCCCCUCUGGACUCAAUAUUAGCAACAAGGGGUGGGACUCAAACCAUACCUCUCCGGGAUUGGACUAUUUUCCUAUGACCACUCCGUUCCCCAGUGAGAGCCAGUGGAAUAGCAGCAGCUCUGAGAGCGCGGCUGAGUUGGUGAUGGGGGCUUUGAGGACGAGGGUAGAGGGAGAUGGGAUUGGUUUGGAGGACCAGAGGAGUCCUGCGGACAUGUCACCCUCUCUAAAGUGGGUGUCUCUCAUCAGCCUUCUGGUGUACGUGGCAGCUUUCUCAUUCAGUCUCGGACCGAUGGUGUACGUGGUCCUGAGUGAGAUCUUCCCCACUGGAGUGCGAGGCAAGGCUGUGUCCGUGGUGUCGGCUGUGAACUGGGCCACCAACCUGCUCAUCUCCAUGACCUUCCUCAGCGUCACAGAGACGAUUGGUGUCCCCAACGUGAUGUUCCUCUACGCCGUCAUGAGCUUCGUCCUCCUGGUCUUCGUCAUCCUCUUCGUCCCCGAGACCAAGGGGCGCACGCUGGAGCAGAUCUCCAAAGAGCUGGCCAUGAAAAAGCCGCUGAAGGGGACUUUCUGUCGCCGGGGCCGACCCUAGAAGGCGACGACUGUAAGCCGAUCCUUGACUUUUAACUUUCGACCCUCCCUAUUCCCUGGACCACACACUGCCUUCCUCCAUGCACAAGACGCAGAAGAACAGAACAAAAGGAGGGGUAAACAGAUGGGGAGAGGGUUGUGAAUGAAAGGGAACAAACCAAACUGAAGACACAAACAAGGUAGUUCAGCCAAAUCAGGAAUAUAUGUAUAUAUAUAGAUCAAUCGACUGUGAUAUGGAGAGGGUUUCCUUCCUAUAAUUGGAGAAUAAGUGUCCUUUAAAUCACUUUGUCUCCUCACAUUACAUCUCCACACAUAAGCACAGCUUCCCAGACACAAAGCCCACCUCUCCACUUCAGGAAUGAGUUCAUUUCCAGAAUGACCGAAAGUGACCUCUGACCUCCUCCUUUAGACGAAUCAAACUGCUGAACCAACAGACUCCAUAACAGUGUACAUCCGAUGAUGGAUGGCAGUGGUGGUCUUUAGUGGUUAAUCCAGGGAAUGCCGACACAUCAAGGAAUUCCAACUGAUACUCUUAGUAAAUCUUACUGUUUGGAGGGGGCUAAGUACUUGACUGAAAAUGUUUAAUCAACCACACCUUAAAACCUCAUAUACUUGUUUUCAUUUCACUGGGCUGGAUGAGGGCAAGCAAGAUGGUACAUAGUGAACAUAUACUGUGGUGUUUCUUCUACAUGGGCAGAUCUACUUGGGGUUUGUGGCAAACUAGGCACUAAGUUCAGUUGGUAGUACUUUUCAAUGUGGCAAUCAGUGAUGCUCUGGAUAAGAGUGUCUGCUAAACGACUAAUUGUGACAUGGGUCUGAGAGAUUAACAUUGUUACCAAACGUGUUACCUAACAUGGAGUGUGAUUGUAGCGUGUGGGUAGCCCGAGGUUUGACGUCCUCACUUCACUGACCCGACAACACUUGUGACACUACAGCUACGACUGGCACAUGGACACAAUAUGAAGGAAUAAAUUGUACAUGCGUGAACUGACUCUCUUCCGUGAGCAAAGAACACAAGGUUAAGCAUGUCUACGACAGCCUCAUUUAUUUCGAUGUCUGUUUUCAUUAUAAAAUACAAAAGUUUGGAACAUUCGACACAAACGGAAGCGUCACACUUCCUCGGUUGAACAGGGUCGUUCAAGUCUGACAGGCUUCUACUGGGGGUUUCCCCCCACAUGGAUGAGAACCAGGUCAACGCCAGGUGGGGUCCUCACGCCAACACAUGAAGGUGAGUGGAGCUCUCCACACACCGAUGAGUGGGACCGCCUUAACAGCUCGAGCCAUUUGCCUCAUCAAAUCGUCAUUCUCUCUCUCCCCACGGCUGUUCCUCGCCUUAACGUUAUACAAGUUCUUCUUCGGCCUAUACGAGUACGAGUGAAGACAAAAUAAAAGAACCGAUUCAUUAACACUCCCGACAAACGAUCAUGCUUUUCGGAACACCUCACGGGACGGUUAGCGGCGUCUUCGGCCUCAGUUUCAAACGGGGACGGAACCAGAGUGCCACAGUGCCACGUGGAGGAGAAUACAGGGUUAAAAUCAAGGCAUGGCAAUAUUCAG